AUGGCGUGGAGCGCCACCGGGCUAUGGAUGGGCAUUCAUCGCAAGUGGCGCAAAGAGACUUUUGCUUGUGGAGCUCCACAGUUGCGUCCCAUCGGUCAAUUCCACCCUGCCCAACCCUCGCGUCAGUCUAACCCGUUCGCAGCAGCCUCGUGUUGGGGGUACAACGAGGACGGAUCUUUGCUUCCGUUCCGGCGCAACUGGUUCGGGGCGAAGCUUCGCUUAGCAGUCGACCACCUUUCCCCCGCUCCGCCUUCGGCCAACAAGAUCCAACCCGCAGCUUGCGUCAUGUUGUGCCCCGCCCAGCCCAUGCCGAAUGCUCGGCCUUCAAUAGAGGAAGGCAUCCUUCAACAGCUCGUCGGCGACUCAAAUAGAAAGGCGUACAUGAAUGCAGCUCACAAGGGACUCGAUAUCUGCGGCCAUAGAACCUUGAAAGCACCGCAUCCCGUCCGAUCUGCGAA